AUGGCCGAUAGAAUACUCCAAGCCAACCUCAACCAUGCGAGGAACGCCCAGGAUCUCUUCGUCCAUACUAUGGCGGAGAGAUCCUGCGGCUUAGGCAUUGUGGCGGAGCCGUACAAAGUACCCAAUAAAAACUGGGUAAAAAGUACCGACGGCUCCGCCGCAAUAGUAAGGAGGAAUACGCCCGACUCCCCCCCCCUAGGUCUCAUAGGAGCGGGCGAGGGAUACGUGGCGGCUUCCUGGGGGCCCAUCAUCGUUAUAGGGGUAUACCUCCCGCCAAGCUUAAAAAACAACGAAUUCGGCGGGAGGUUGAGGACCCUAGAGAGGGAGAUUGCCUGUCAUCACCCCAAACCGAUAAUGGUCGCGGGGGAUUUCAAUGCCAAAUCAACGGCAUGGGGUUCCCCGCGGACCGACUGGCGGGGUGAUGAAGUUGAAGAGUGGGCGGCGCAAUGCGACCUGACGCUCCUCAAUUUGGGGAGCGAAAAGACAUGUGUGCGCCGACAGGGCGGGUCAAUUGUGGAUCUCACAUGGAUGACCCGCCCGGCGGCAAGGAUGGUUAAGAAGUGGAGGGUGGCGACGGAGAUCGAAACUCUAUCUGACCACAGAUACAUAGAGAUCUCCGUCGCCAUCACCACAAAGGAGGUCGCAGAGCGUCGCCUACAAAGAGAGGCGGUCUUCAAAAGAUGGGCUCUCAGGAAGCUGGACACGGACAUGUUUAUGGCGGCAAUUAAUGCCGCCAUGAUAGGAAGGGAAGAGGGGACCGGGGAUUUAGAAGAGCAUAGGGCAUGGCUAACAAGCGUCGUAACCCAAGCAUGCGACGUAGCCAUGCCCAAGGUCAAAGCCCGGUCCCCGAAGCAUGCGUACUGGUGGUCGGAGGACAUCGCCGAGCUAAGGUGGUCCACCGACCACGCAAGGAGGGAGAUAAAAAGGAGGAAGAAGCACGCGCUACUGGACCCAGAAGGAUUGGAGGACGCGUGGACGCCUAUAAACAUAGAAAGACGACCUACGCGCUUCCAUCCAACAGGCGAAGGCGAGGGCCUGGGAGGAACUGAUCUCCUCCCUAGACGACGACCCGUAGGGCCGUCCCUAUAA